AUGUCUUCAGAAACUGUUGAAAAUAUAUCAAGUUUAAGUCGUCAACAAAAUGAAAAAAGCAAUAAUGAAUUAUGGAAAAAACUUAAGAUUGAGUUUCUUCUCGACCAUCCAGUAUUUCCAGAUAAUGUAAUUUACGGCAAUAUCAAAGUUGAUCCUGAGAGCGCUCAGCAUAUGAUUAAAAAAUUCAUAUUUUCAAUCGAUGAAGAUGAUAUACUUCAUUAUAUUUUUUUACAGUUAGUUGUUGAUGGAUCAAAUGAAACUGAUUUUGACAGUAAAUAUCGUUAUAUAUCAGCACGUGGCUUCGAUCCAACACAAAAAGAAAUAUCAGUACGGAUUGAUGCUGAGCCCAAAGAUUCAAAGUUAAAUCCUAAAGAAUCCAAUACUGUAAAUUUUUCGAUUGUACGUAAAAUUUUUUCUUUCACACCAACUGCAAGCAUUAAAUGGACAGAUGAAAAUUCGAAACCCGAUCUGAUUAUUCAAUGGUCUCAUCUUGGUAAUCCAGUGGUUAAAAAAUAUAUUCUUAUUUUAGAUAAAAAAGAAAUUAAUUAUAUUCGUAAUCCUACAAUAGCUGAUGCAUACAAAGUUUGUCUCAAAAGAUUUGAUGCUGGUCCAAAGUCUACUGAACAUACUAUUCAAAUCGUAGCAAUACUUACUACAAAAGUUUCAUCUGGAGAAGUUGUUCAUUAA